GCUGUUUUGUAUGGGGUAGAGUCAUUGGCUUGGGUGUGAGGCGCGGAUGAGGAUAUUCCGGACGUAAGAUUAGACGAUUACAAGGUUGGUUCAAAGGAUGUCUUGAUCUUUCUCUCACUUAUUUCUUCUCCUUGCUUUGCUGUUCGUUUCCUACAAUCAUUCCCAUAUCCUCCUUCACCCAUACCGACCGCCCUAUUCUCAUUCACACGAUCGGACCGCCUUAUCCUUAGCAACAUGAUCAGCACAAUUCUCGAGGGUCACAAUGACCAUGACUACCAGACUGCCUGUAAGGGCAAGAGACGCCGCAUCUCAAAGGUGUCGAUGAGCCUGGGACACAGCAAUGCCGAAGACCUACGAAGCGAAAUUUCACAGAGCAUCCGCAAGGAGCUGUCACGACGAAGAAGCAGUGUCAUUGCUCCCGAACCACAACUCAAGUUACGACCCACCGAAACUGCCAACAUCUACACAAACAAAGGCACAGAGUCAGCUGCCUCCAAGGCAUUGAAUAACUUUGAUCUUUUCGAGCACAUUCUUAUGCAAUUGCCUUGGUCAGGCGACGAGGUCGACAAGCAACGACAGAGCAUCCGCGCUAUGAUGACGACUUCGAGGACUUGCCGCAGCUUCAAGGGUAUGAUCGAUGCAUCUGCUCGCCUGCAGAAGCGUAUGUUCCUCGCACGCGACUCUGAGCAAAGACGACCAUGCUUCUGUGGUCACCAAGAGGAGGAACGUAGGUGCGGUGCUGAGACAAACCCUUUUAUUGCACCGACGCUCAAAAAGCACAUCAUGCACAACUCCUUCUCCUGCGACCAACGACGACAGAAGCAAGAAAGCGCAAGACAAGCACGAAUCGACCAACAGUCACUCUACAGACAUCUCUCGAGCACCGGUCAAUCACACGACGACUACUUCAGCCACCCAGUUGUCUUUCGCGAUCUUCAGGAUACCGAAAAGAAGCACAUGCUUGCAUUCAAGAUCUCUGAAAACGACCCUUUCUACCUCCUCGGCGAACGCACAUCUCCCGACGCAAGUUGGCGCAACAUGUACUUUUCAAACCCAGCUCCUACGCGUAUCGAGCUAUACUACUGGAGCUACCUCAUCCGCUGCGAGUCACAAGACGGCAAGCCAUUGACUGCUGGCUUCGUUUGGGAUACCAUUCACGAGACUCUUGAGGUCGCAAGACAACGCAAGGCACCUGGAUACCAGUAUGAGGGUGAUGAGCCAUUGCUUGUUCUACUGGGAUCUUGGGAGAAAGAGGGGGAUCACAGACAUGUUUACGACUGGCUGAACCAGAGGCAUGAAGCUUGCAGCAGCCUCGGCUGUCGCUACGCAAAAGCAUAAAACACUACACCGCAUGAAGCCCCAACGUGCUGCAGCAGCUGUUAUUUCGUUAUUCCACAUCGAGUUGGUUGACAGCGAGUUUUGUUCUUCUCCGAGCGUUCUAGCAUUGAUUUUCGCGUAAUGACAGCAUUUGAUAUAGAACUAGACCUACAUUCGAAUAGAUGAGUCUUUAGAUCUUCUCAACCUUCC